AUGGUCCCAGAUUCAAUUAUUUCAAGAGAUGGUCCACUUGGACACGUCUGGUUAGCAGCAAAUUAUGAGAAGAAAUUAUCCAAACAUCAAUUGAUGAAUACAAACAUCAUCAAAUCAACAGAAUAUAUUGCCAACAAUCCUAUAAUUACAGACGUGUCAGUAUCACAAGAACCAGAAUCCAAUUCAAAUGAUAUCACACUUCGAUUAUCUGGACAGUUAUUAUUGGGUAUUGUUCGUAUUUAUUCUAGAAAAACUAAAUAUUUAUUGGAUGAUGUUAAUGAUAUUUUAUAUAAAUUAAAAGCAUCAUUUAAAUUAUCCAGUGGGGUUAAUUUGGGAUCAGAUAAUAUUUCCAAUCAGGUCAAUUUACCUCCUCAACAAACAAUUUUACAAAAUUUGAAUAGUAUCAUAUUGAAGGAUCAAGUUACUUCUGCAAACUUGUUACAGCAAGAAGAUCUUGAUUUGAGUAAUUUAUAUGGUGAUUCACAACAGACAAGUACUGAUUUAAGUGGUAUUUUUAGCCAGACUGCUGCUGCUGCUUCUCAAUUGUCACGUCAUCAAGAUUCAGAAUUUGAUCAAUCGUUAGAAUUUCCAAGAUACGAAGAUGACGCUAUAACCCCAGGACCGACUGAUGAUUUUGAGUUGGACUUUGAUUUGAAUAUGGAUGAUGAUCAUGAUGAUUCAAUUGAAAUUGGUCGUGAUGCCUCACAUCAAGUGGACGAAAGAGAAAUGUCUGUUAUUUCUGACAUCGGGAAGGAAAGAACAACAGGGAAUAUUUUUGAUAUUGAUUUUGGUCAACCAAUAGAGCCAUCUAAUGAUGAAGAUAAUAAUGAAGAUACUUCUAUGGAACCAGAAGAAGAUCAACAAGAACAAGCAGCAGAGGAACCACGUAGACCUAGACAGAAAAGAACAAGAAUAACAGAAGAUGGUCAAAUAAUUACAAAUAACAGAAGACUUUUGGUGGAUUCAGAGGAAACCAUGGAAGGUUUAUCAGUUCAACAACUUAGAGACAAUCAAGAUAGACUUUUCCAAACCGAUAAUUCAAAUUUUAUUACCCUUCAAUUAUCAGACGUUGAAAAACUUAAAUUAAUUGAAGAAUUGUCAUUACCAGUAGCUACUAAAAAAAGAAAGCUUUGGAAUAUAGAUGCAGAAUUACAAUAUAGAUGUGCUGAAUUAGCUCUCCAAGAACAACAACAACAACAAGAAGCAGAAGAGAAUCAAGAUGAUUUUCAAUUUGACCAAGGUUUUGAUAAUCAUUCUAUGGAUUUUGAUUUGGAUUUACCAGAUUUCAAUGAUGGACCCGAAGAUGAUGAUAAUAAGAGUAUUGAUGAAUUGCCAAUUUUAGAUGAUGGCAGUGAUGACGAGAAUUCCGCUGUGAAUACAGCUAAAGCAACUGAACAAAUUGGUAAAGAAUUAGUUGAUUUGUUUAGAAAUUCAAACACUGUUGAAUUUUCCAAAUUGGUUGAAACUGAUGCUAAAAUACAUGAAAGUUCAUUAGAUCAAUUACCUUUAGGUGUUGUUAAUAAGAAUAAGAAUUAUAUUAAUAACAAAAAGGAAGCAAGUAAAUGUUUCUUUGAAUUAUUGGUCUUGGCUACUAAUGAUUGUAUUUCUUUAGAACAAGAACCAAAAUCUACUUCAAUUGCGGGCGAUAUUACAAUUAGAUCAAGAGACAGAAUGUUUAGUCAAUUUUUAUAG